AUGGGCAAACCGAAAGGUAAAGGCCUCAAAUCGGCGACGACUGACUCUCCCCAAGACUUAUAUUCCGAAUCGAUCUCUGUUCCUAGGCCGGCGAGCCCUUUGAGAGCGGCCGACGGCCACAAUGUGGACGGCUGGGCGGACGAGGACAUCCGAACUUACAACGAAUUGCUCAACGAAAGGGCGAAGCUCGAAAAGGAAAAGAACGAGCUGGAGCAGAAAUCCUCCAGACAUCAGACGCAGAGAGCUCUCCUAGAUGAAAACGCCACGGCUCUGGACAAGCUCUUCAAAUCCCAGUUAGGAGGCGAUUUCAAGUUCACGGGCCCGGGGACCUGUUGCUUGGACCUCGACGCCAAAGGUGUCGAAAGGGCCGAGGGCAGCUCCUGUAAACACGAAAUUUGCCUGCGGGCAAAGUCGAAAGGUAUCUCUUGGAUGGAGAUGGACACGAUAAAAUACUACCACGCAAGAAUCAUGGCCGAGAAAUCGCAAAGAAUGCAAAACGCACUGCGCAAGCAGAGAGACGUGGAAUUAGUGCGUGUCAAGAAAGAUGACGAGGAGGAAGCCGCCCUAAGAGCCCGCAGAAAUGCAAUCCUGGACAAAGCCACUCGCAGCAGUCUCCCGCCCGCAUCAACAACUAAGGACGACAAAGGCAGCAGCACAUUAGAGACCUCAGCGCUAGAUCUGCUCCCUAUGGCAUCCAAAGAUUUUCUCCUUGAUCCCAAAAACAGCGCCAUUCUGGAGGCCGCCAAGGAGAACGAGCACAUUGUGCGCAGAAUACGCGGACGGCUGGAUAAGAUCCGGCACGAUGUGAAUGCAGGAAGAGUCUCGCCCGCGGACGCCCGCGUAAAGCUGGACCAAGCGAAUUCUGAGAUGGCGGAAGCCGAGAGGAAGAACAAUGAGUUCCGGCAGAUGAUUCUCGAUGCCGAACCCGCGCUUUCACAACUUCACCAGCACCCUACAGCUGCAGGGACCCGCACAAACACCAGCACUCCGGCAAGCUUGACGACAGUGCUUCAAAACACUUUAGCAUCAUCCAAUGCCGACGCGUUUUCUCAAGCCCUUAGCGUGAUGAAGGGUUUCUUCAGUGCCUCAGAUCCGCACGACGUCCAAACCGCCAUUACAGACUUGCGCAGCGUGCUCGAACUUAACGGCCCUAUGUCUCCGGUCUUACAAAAAUCCUUCAAAGCUCUCGAAGAGAUGCUGGCGAAACCCAAUGCCAAAGGCUUCACAGUCGAUGUCACGACUGGCGACGGAAAGACGAGAACCUGCAACAACGUGGUCGAAGUCAUGAUGAACCUCCGAUUGAAGAUGCAAGCCUCUGAGAAUCCCUCCGCCGCUGCCGAACCUGAUUUGAACCUGGACGAAGACACGAUCAAAGCUAACCUGGAGUGCAUCAAGGUCGAAGAUGCCGCCAAAAAGGACAUGCAAAAAAUGGUGGAGAAGAUGGUCGGGGACACCGCACUUAAUGUUACUACAGCGCUCAAGAAGAUCAAGGCAAAAGCUAUCUUGAAAUCGCCUAUUCCACCGCUCUCCGAUAUCGUUCUUGAAGAUGUGAUCAACGACAUCCUCUUUCAACGAUCGGUCAAUGCUCUGGUCGCUGAGGCAACCAAGGGCGCAAGCCUUGCACAACUCUCUGGAAAGGUGACCUCACUUGUCAUUUCGACUUCCCGAAACCGCCCGGGGAAAUACUUAGCGUCGCUAAGCAUGACGAAAGAUGCUAUUAUCAAGGGGAAGAAGGUCCCGCCUGAUGUGCUUCUUGAGGCAAUCUCAAAGGUCGAAGCCUCCAUGACACAGUUUGUCAAAGCCUACGGUGAGAAGAUCAAACAGAUCGACGCCGAGGAAAAAGCCAACCCUAACCCCCCUCCCAAGCCCGAUCUCCCGACUAAACAUCUCCUGGAGGGUACUCACGUCGACAAGAAGGCUUUCGAACUCUUCAAGAAGUUCUUCCGCACUCCAUCGGCAAAUGACACCGCAGCAUUGCGCGCCCGUUUCUGCGAAUAUCAUCACUUGCAUAUUGAGGAGGGUAUGUGGGACAUGCUCCACAUCGUGCUAAAUCAUCAAACUUCGGGCAAAUUCUGGUGGGCAAAUUGGGAGGCCGAAAAGAAAUAUUGCAUCGAGAACAUGCAAGUCGCUGCCGCAACACCGACACCAAAGGUUGCUGAUACUGUCUUGCAGCUGCAAGAGCUCGGCAUUUGCCCUGCGAGGGCUGUUAUCAUCCUUACACAGCGCAUCGCGUUACAGAUGAGGCAGGACUCCGAAGCUGCCAAAAUCAACGUCAUGGCACUUAGAGAUAUAUAUGCGGACUGUGAAUCUCUCAAGCACAAAGAAUGGGCCCGAUCUUUCAACUUCAUCGGUCAAACCACGGCAGACACCUUUGCAAUGCUGAUGUUUGAGCUGGUCGGGCAGGUCAACUUCGAGAUCGCAAUCAUGGCUGCGGACUUUCUCGCUUUCAUAUGCACUUUCGUGCUCGGAUCCAUGGACGCCAUAAGGGCUGAACUGAACCUACGUUAUCUCGAGCAGUUCAUCCUCAGCACCUUGAUGGAAAGCCGCACUCCCAUCAACAAAUGCCGGGAAAUGUUCUCUCACUACGUCCACAUGUGCCAAGAUUCUUCGAGGUACAGGUGCUCUCCAGAUCAUAGAUGUCAAGCGACGUUUUCCCGGUUUGUCACUGAGAAGUUCGCCUCACUCGUCCCCGCCCCACUAAAAGUGAACAAGAAAGCAAAAGAGAAUCCAGAAAAGGCUGCGUCGUCUUCUACUAAAGCUGGCGCCGGCCCUCCGAGACAUGUCCACAUCCGAGUGACUGUCAAUGCCUAUUGGGAUGUCGCAAAAAGUCUCACGCCGCACUUGAAAUGCAUCGAGGGGAACAAGAAGAAAAAGAAGAAGUGUUCCUGCAGUCGAGCUGAUCAGGAGUUUGCCGAGAAUAUUCAAGUCCUCAAGCACGCUCUCGACAUCAACCUGGCUGAACUUGAGACAAUGAUUAAGAAAGGCUUGAAACCUCCCCAGGAGUUGUGGGACGUGCUGGAGGAAAACGCCAUGGCCCUACAUGAGCGUCCCGUAACUUAUGAGGGAAACCAAAGAAGAAUAGCAGAGUUGCGGGCAAAAGUAGGGACUGGUCGAUUUGCAGAGAUUCCUCCUGCUCCUCCCAGUGAACCAGUGACCAAGGACUCAACAGGCACGCAACGACAGCUCAGUCUCAAGUCAGUCCCGGUCAGUGUUCCCAGCAUCCAAAACAGCCUGUCAAGCAACGCUUCCGAGAAGGGGAACCUGGAGAAGGAUGCUACAGAGGGCUAUCCAGGACAUCACAAUGAGACAUCGUUUUCAAGCGAACCAGGUGCAGUAUUAGCUGAGACUAAGUCCACUUCCACAGCCGAUCAGGACGACGAAUCGGACUGGCACAUGACGGAUCGAGAACUCGAAAUCAGGGACCAGCUGCUCACAUUCUCUGACAGUGUAGACAUGAUGCACUCAUUCGCAUCAGUCAUGCAUCAUGGGGUGAACGAUCUCGCUCUUGAUGGAGUGGCGUGGCAAAUCGAAGACAUGCUCAUCGGCCACGUGGAAAUGGCGUGGAUCAUUGCCAAAGCGCAGGGAUACAAUGGACUGCAAACUUGGAUGGAGUACUAUUACGCACAAACCAUGCCUACUCCUCUGGGGGAGAAUUUCAAGGUUAAUGGCAGUGGCGACUACGGGAAUGAUGCAAGCCUCGCCGACGCCAACGCAAGGAAGAAGACUAUAGCCUUCGACAUUAUCAGCAAGAUGGGCGGUGCAAAAGGGAAACCGCAGGCUCAAAUCACCGGGAAUACACUGGCAGAACCAGCGAACUCUGCGGCCGCCAAUGCAGCAACGCCAGCUCCUUCUGCUGUGCAACAAGCCGAACAAGCAGUGGCUGACAUGGAGCGACUCGGGCGCAAUUUCCUCUCGCAGAUGCAGGUUGUUUCGAAUCGUCGCAAGCGCAUGCCAAAGCGCAAGUGGUAG